CCAAGGGCAUGCUCGUGCGCGCGCUGGCGGAUCUGCUGCUGGUGGGCGUCGACGGCUACACGCGCAUAUACCGCGAGCUGGCCGAGCAGAUGCGGCGGGUCGAGGCGGCGGUCGAGGCGGCGGGGCUCGCCGUCGUGCACCGCAGCCACCGUGCCGCCGGCUCGUCGGUGAUCAGCGCCGAGGACCCGGCGGGCGUGCUGAUGCGCAAGCUCAAGCGGCGGGGCCACUCCUUCGCCUCCCUCUUCAACCUCUACCCCUCCGACCCGGCCCGCUGCCAGUACGGCUGGUCGCUCUCGCUCACGCCGUACGCGCUGCGCGACCUCGGCGGCGCGGGCGGCGGCGCGACCGCCCUCGAGGUCUUCUUGCGCGAUCUGGGCCGCGCCGCGGCGGAGGCGCGGGCGGCGGACUCGCGGCUGGCCACCCUCUUCUCGGCGAACUCGCUGCCGGGCAUCCUGCUGCGCGGCGGCACGGAGGAGCUCUACCUCUUCACGCUGCUCUGGCGGCCGGGGCUCGGCCGCGCCGCCGCCUCGCUCGUCCUCCGCCGGCUCUUCACCGGGCUGCUCGACGCGGGCGUCGUGCGCUCGCGCAAGCGCGCCGACCCGCUGCGCGAGCUCGCGUGGCUGGCGGUGUGCGGCGUCCUUCUCGCCCUCGCCCUCGCCCUCGCCGUCUCUGCGCUCCUCUCGAGCAGCUAGGAGCACACGCAGUGGUGGAGCGGGCUCCCGCGCAGCAGGACGGCAGGGAGCGUGUGUGUCUGUGCCGGGUCGACGCGUCGACGGGAGUGAUGAACAAGCACAAGGUGACAGGGGAAGGUGAAGUAAGCCCAGAUGUGUGAUGAAUCAGUGAUGUGGGACUCAGAAGACGGUCAGCGUCAGGUUUGUGUCGUGGCUGUGUCCUGUGUGUGAUGUGUGAAUAAAUAGAGCAGUCAUCUCCAGUAGGAGAGAUG